UCAAAAACGGCAUCAGUUCGAAAACAAGCUUCCAAGCGGACGGUCGCACAUCCACUAAAUCGCAGCUGAACGAGUGCCGAGUGAUUUAAGCCACGAUUCGAGUCUAGUGCCGAGUGCAGUUGUAUCGUGGUCGGUGCCUGGAAGCAUCCAAAACACACCCUACGCUCUCUUCUCGUGCCCAAGUUUCAAGCCAUCGGUGCGUCUCUAUCUGGAUUUCGCUGUUUUGACAUAUCCAGUGGGUCGUAAAUCUUCGACGAACCGUAAAUUAUUAAAUAGCUCGCUACGCAGCGUGCUCAUAUUUUACAGUUGAGAGAGCUCCGAGGAGGAAAACAGCCCCAAGAUUUCGAAAACAACGAAAAUGGUCUUCGACUGUGGAGUCUGGUGUGCAAAGUAUUUGCUUUGCAUAUUCAAUUUUAUAUUUUUCGUGCUAGGCACAAUUAUAUUCGGCGUCGGACUAUGGCUGGCCGUGGACAAGCACUCGCUGAUUGCUCUCCUCAAGUUGGCCGAGAGUGAGCGCAUUGAGCAAUUUACACAGCCGCAGGUCAUAGAGCAGCUGGCCUAUGUUCUGCUCGUCAUCGGAGCCGUCAUGUUCUUCAUGAGCUUCUUGGGCUAUCUGGGAGCCAUGCGAGAGUCCCGCUGUCUGCUGUCGACGUACGGAACCUUUUUGAUACUUUUGCUGGUGGCCGAGAUCGUGGCCGGCGGACUGGCCGCCUUCUACAAGGACAAGGUGCGGGCCGAGAGCAAAAACUUCUUGCAGACGACCAUCACCAGCUAUUCGCUGGGCGAGAAUGUGGAUGCCACCUCGCUGAUGUGGAACCAGCUGAUGGGCAACUUCGGCUGCUGUGGCAUCAACGACUACCGCGACUUUGAGGCCUCGCCGGCGUGGGUGAGCGGCAAGGGUAACCGCACCAUUCCGGAGGCGUGCUGCAUCCUCAAGGAUGUGGCCAAGUUGGUGCCACGCGACGAAGACUGUGCAACCAAUCCCAGCGACAGCAACAGUUUCUACAAGAAGGGCUGCUACGAAGUCUUUACCGAGUGGCUGAUUGCACAACGUGAACUGAUCAUCGUGGCCAUCGUGGUGGGCAUUGUGCACCUGGUCCUGAUCAUUCUAGCCUUUGCCCUGUGCAAGGCCUUUGCCAAAUACAACGACAUGCGCCUGUAAAUCGGAGAUGACGAGGACAGCGGAUGUUGUGACAGUUUUCAGAGUUAGCAAAGUAGACGUAGGAACGAGAUGAGCCAAAACAGCAGGACAGUGAAGAGCGACGAUCCCUCCUAGAACUCCCCCAGAAUACAGCAAUACAAGAAUACAACGCCCUACCGAACACCGCGACGUGCUCAAUGGAAAAAACAAAAUGAAUUCUGCAUUUGCCGCAUGGAACGGGUCAGAACACUUACACACACAGUUUAAUACAGCUCUACUCUAACGAUAAGCUAAGAUCAUAGCCAGCAUAAUCCAUUUACCGAUAAUAUUCAAGAAUAUCUUACACGAAAUGUUGCUCAAUGUUUUGCCAGCAAACACGGAUGGAAUGAGAGAUCGGGAAAGUUUUACGAUUGAAACUCACACUUGGAAUAUUUAUUUGUAAAUCUGUUUUGAUAGCAGUUUUUAGUUGUUAAGUAGUAAACUACAAUAUGCGUAAUAUUGUAACUAUUUUUUCUUAGUCCUUUACGAUUUUGUUAUGCAAUCAGGCAUUCGAAAACCACUCAAAAACAUCACAGAAACCACAUUAAUUAAGGCGAUAGACAACAGACAAAUUUUUGAGAUUGAGCAAACCAUGAAAUCAAUUUUGAAAUAUUACUUUUAACGAGGCAUCUAAGUUUGGAUGCCGCAAGAAGCAUAACGCCCAUUAAAAUACAAACAUGCUUAUAUACAAAUAUCGAUUGAAAAAGAUAAACAAUGAAAUGGCAUUGACAUUGUACUAGUAUGUGUAUUAGUUGGUAAGUCUCUAAUUUUAAGUUGUAAUUUUAGUUGUUUUUGCUAUGGCUAUCUUCGAGUUUUUAACUACAUAUGCCGGGGCACGAGGCAUCGUGUUGCCGGCUCUUUUGUUAAAAAUGAAUGUUGUACAUUUUUGAAUUCUAUAUAUACAUAUAUAACUAUUAUUAAUGCAUAUUAUAUACACGUAUGUCUGUAGUUUACUUAAUGUACUUUUUGGAAACAGCGAAAUCGAAAGCAUAAAAGCAUUAAACGAAAAAACUCUAAAAUUUUAAACCCCCAUUGAACGCAAGACAAAAACCCCAUUUAAUGAUGUACAUUUCUGAACGUGAAUGAAAAAGUAAUUAAAAUAAAGAAAAAUUAAAUGAAA